GUGUCAUUCAUGUUGGUUCAGUGGGGUGACCCACUUGCAGCGCAACCAAUCCCUCGUUUGUGUACAGCCUGGUGCAGUCGACCUCCUCCUCCAGUCUUCACAGCGGCGCCCGACGACGCCCUGUGGGUAGAGGCCACACACCAAGACCAGGCCCCUCGACACGGCGAGGUACGUCGUGCCCUUCCUCCACCACCCUGCGGCUGGUCACGACCGUCAUCAUCAAGGUGGCUGACACGAUGCGCACAGAGGGGCCCAGCGGCGGUGGUCCGGCCGCAUAAGCAGCAGCGAGUUUAACGCGACAGAGAAGUUUGUCGCCGACCUUCUGGGGGCGCUGCGCGGGUGCGUGCGGCAGUCGUCCAAUAUGUACUGCCCUCAUGGUUCUCAAGUCUCUACUGCGCAUCCACUGGGACCCCACCUCACCUCACAGGCAAGCAUGCGUGGGUGUCAGGGGUCAGAUUGACGUCAUUCAUUGGUCCUGUGUCAUAUCGUGUGUGUCUGCAGGGUUGCCUCGAUGGUGCCUGACACACCUACAAGUCGCCGGGCAGCGCUCACUCCCCUUCUCACGCACGAGCGAAGCCGACUCGAAGCGAAGCCGACUCGACAGGCUCGGUACGGGCGAAGUCGAUAAUUCGACAGACCCGUCGACUCGACGCGACAGACCCGUGCUUGCACACGCACACCCAGCGAGGCCACGCGCGCGGCGAAGGACCCCCAGCCCAGCAAGGCGACCAGUGCAGACACCGCAGUGGGAGUGGGGUGGCGUCGGUCGGCUGUCGGGUUUGUCGGUCUCUGUCUUUCCCCAGUGAUGAUGUACGGCGCUAGAGGGAAGUGUGGGAGUGCAAAACUCGUGCGGGAGGAGGAAGGUACGAGACCUACACAUACAUAUGGCGGAGGUCAUAUCAUCUCAUGUCACAUGUGGGCGUAGAGGUGCUGGUGGGUUCGUGUCCGGCCGCGGGAGUGCCGUCUCCGCGCUGCAGAUGCCCCCACACCAUCUCGCAGCAGCCCACACACCUGAGCGACGCGACACAUCUGGCCAGAUGUGCCCCGUGAUCCCGGAAACCGACCAGGUGGGUGCACAGGGAGGACAGGGGAGGGAGAGGCCAGUGGGGGGAGCAAGGAGCGUCAAUCAGUCACCACAACGUGUGUGUUGCUUUCUCUCUGCUUCUCCCCCUCUCUCUCUCUCUGUGUGUGUGUGCAGCCGUCAGCUGUGCAUAGCCACAGCUGACGCCAACGCCACGGCGGUUAACAGCACUGCUCCAGCCAAGGCUUCACUUCUUCUCGCACCAAGCCAUUUAGGAGGAAGAGAUCCUGACGCUGUGUCACAAGGCCCACUACCGCUCACUCGCAGGCUUCUCGUGUUGUCCAUUCGUUCUUUUUUCCCCAUGAACCGAUUUCCUUUGCCGCCGUUUCGUCUGUUGGCUGGCCGGCCUCUCCAGGGGCGCGUGUGUGGCGGUCACUGCUUGGGGCGGGACCUGAUAUCCCGACCCCCUUGUGUGUGUCGUCACUGCGUGAACCUGGGGAUGUGCCGGCCAGCCGAGCCAACACCACCACUCGUUUAGUUUCUCUCACUCUUUUCGGUCGCUGGGUCGCUCGCCAUGGAAUGCGUGUGUGUGUGUGGGUGUGGUGGGUUGGUUUAUGGGGCUGUCUGUGUUGUUUUGUGUGUUGGUCUGGCUGUGGCGUUCUGUGGUGUGUCUGUCGUGUCCCGUCUUCCCUUGUGCUCGUUGCGUUGCGUCGCCCAGCAGCCGGUCGUCUGGCCUUUCUGUGAGCAGUGCGGCGGUCGCAGAGUGGGGGCGGGACCUGAUAUCCCGACCGGCCGACCACAACUGCAUGACACGGGAUGCGCCGGUCGGUGGGCAGUGUCGUCGCCCAUUUGUCACAGUCACGUCUGUUUUUCUUUGCCGGCCAGUCGGGUACAUACUACGUGCCGACAUCGACCCAUCAUUGCCUGACAUAUUUUUGGUAAUAAUGCACUCACUCCGUGCUGACUCUCUCCGAUGUCCGUGUACGAUGCAGCGCUCUGCAGACCCACACAGACACAGACACACAUACCUGAUGAGUCCACGGCAGGCAAGACAGCUGGAGAGGCGGCCUCUCUCCCUCCCUCGCUGCAGUCUGCUUCUUACCCCUCCCGGAUUUCGUGCUGCUGUAGUGUUUGAUUAGGUUGCUGUGCUGGUUGGUAUCUGAUUGCUGUGUGUGUAACUGAACUGGUAGCCCAGCUAAGUGCCCUCGAUGAGUGCAUUUCCACGUUCGUCAGUCAGCCAGCCAGCCAACCGCACAGACACGCAUCAGACCUUCUCUGGCUAGCCAGAUAGCUAGUCUUGGCUCCAUCGAGAAGGUCGGGAUACGUCCACACCACCACCUCGUCUCAUUUGCCUCCUUCGUUUUCCUCAUCGUUUCUUCGUCGCUGGGAACUCACCAGCUGGGGCUCAUUUGUGGGAGGGAGGGAUCUCAUGGAGGGAAUUCUGUCGUUUCUUUUCGUCUGGAAGAUGACUGUUGGUCCUCGGUCAUUCUCAUUGUCGGUUGCGUGUUCAGCGAGGAAUGGUCAUGAGCUCGACUUGUGUGACCCACUCUUUGCUUCAACCAUCAAAUUA